GAAGUAUUGUAUAAAACGCAUACUAUCUUUAAACAAUGUUAAAGCGGAUUAACGAUGUAAACUGAUAUGUUUUUAUUACAUGCAUUUUGCUAUUUUUUUGGAAAUUUAAGAACAAGAGAUUUAUUUAAUAAGCGUCGUUUUUACUUUCUUUCUGUAUUACAAUUUUGUCUUUUCAAAGGAGUGCAAAGAGAUUUUGGUGAAAGGAGUAUUUAUUUCGGAACUCGUUAUUUGGACUACUUAUCUUAAGACAAAUGGAAACACGUGAUUACAACUCACCAAACACUGACAAUGUGAAUAUGACAAGGGAGGGAAUAAGCUUGGAUGACUCCGGCAUGGAUCUCGAACCACCAGAGGACGGAUCUACAGUACAACAUCCGCCAAACGGUGGUCUCCGAGCCUGGCUUAUAGUACUGUCAUGUACAGGUAUCAAUGCAUUAUUAGCUGGAGGACUGUUUGUAUUAUCAAAAUGUAUUCCGGCUAUGCCCAAAAGUACCAAUAUACAGCUACAAGAAAUCAUCCUUAUAUACAAUGCUCUUGCGGCAGUUGUAAUGAUAAUUCGUGGUUAUCGUGUGACUGUCGUUAUUGGUGCUGGUCUUUUAAUGAUAGCAUUUAUCCGCUUCUCAUACCUGGAAGAUGACGAAGGAUUGUUUAAAUUCCUGAUAUAUGGACCAGUUGCAAUUGGGGUCAGCUUCAUUGGCUUUGGAGGGUUAAUUCCGGUUUUGGAAUAUUUUACAACGAAGAGAAUGGCGGCUUUAUUUCUUUCGAGACUGGGAUUGGCCAUUGGAUAUAUAGUCGCUAUAAUAAUUGAUAUUAAAAUGCCAGGAAAGAUCGCAGCUAAGUGGAGAUAUACUUUAAGAUACUCUACAGGGAUAUGUGUUGGUAUAGGGCUUCUUGGUAUGACCCUUAAAGAGCUCAAACUCACUAUGAGAGAUGACGAGUCAGCAACAUUUGUACAGAGAACCUUUGGACUUUUUAAGAAAGGCAUUCUCAAAAAUAAGCUGUUUCGGUUCACCUGUAUUGUAUUCUUCUUCUACCAGUGGGGUAUUGAAACACCCAAAGCAGAGUUGUCGACGUCUUUGUUUAAACUUGACUUGGGUGACAGCCUCUCUAAAACACUGACCUAUGCCUUAUGUCCCUUUGUCGGUUUGGCUCUUGGGACGUUUUUGGCAUGGUUAUUUAAUAAAAUGGCAUUUCAAGAAAAAAGUCGGUUUUAUAUUCAAAACUUAGAAGAUAAACGACUUUAUAUCAUAUUCGGUAUUUUGGCGGCUUCAACUGUUCUCUCAAGCACUGGGUGUUUUAUUGCUCCAGAUCUUUUAAACUUUGAAUAUUUCACAACAUUUCAUCUACUGUUUUCAACAUUUAUUGCAUUUUGUGAAGGCGUCAGAGACAGUUCUGUUCCGGAAGUUUUCGGGAGGGAGAAUACAAAAUUCGUUGAAGGAUUCAUAAUCAUGUCAACCGGAAUUGGUGGAAUUAUAACCCGUGAAAUUGAAGGAACGAUGAACAAUGAGGAGGACAAUGAUGUCUGGAAGAAAAAAUUUCGAUAUGGAGGCGGAAUGUUGCUUGUAUCUUCUGUUGUUACGAUUGCUGUCUACCUUGCAGUCAAAUACAAAGCACUACAUGCCAAUAUUCCUGGAAAUUCUGACGUUCCUUCACGAUCCUUUAACAAUCGAAUCGUAGAAAAUAGGAGAAACAGCAAAGAGCGUAGUGCUUCGUCUGGUGUACGUAACAGAGGCUUUUAAUAAUAAAGUUUCUUCAGCAAGUGUCGAACGAACCAUAUAUUCAUUACACUGACUAUAAUAUUCAUAAUUAAACAGAAAUAUGUUUCAUCACAAACUUUCUUUACACAUUAUUAAGUACACAGAUUGAUCCAUUCGGAUUUUAAUCCUUCUUUAGAUUAAUACAGUUACAGUGAAAUAUUUGGAUAAAUAGAUAAUCCUUUGAAAGGAGUAAAUAAUAUUUUAAUCCGUUCAUAUAUAUGUUAUUUUAUCUCAUAAACGACUUUGUAAUUUACAUAUUUAGUGCGUACUCAUGCAGUGCACGAUUAGUUGUAUAUUUUACUGCAUAUUAUACUUAAGUCUUAAUUUUCUAUGUAGCCGGUAAAGUGUAACAGUGUAUUCAAACCGACUGUCAAGUUGUUUUCUAAAAGAUUCUAGUGCUCGACAAGCAAACUUUUUGCGUGUGUGUAGAUUAUUUGGUUAAAUCAUUGUUUUUUUGGUGUUUUUUUAUUGUUUGGUUUGUGUGUUUUUUUGUUGUUGUAGCUUCGCUAAUGCAUGUAUUGAGGUAACUUUUUUUCGUAUUUAGAUAGUUAAUUCGGCAUGGAUUGUUUCUUUCUAUCAACAUGUUGAAUAUUAAGUGGCCAGGCUUCAAAUUAAAAUUGCAUCUAGUGAAUUCCCUUGUCUGACGUAAAGCCAUUAUUUAAAUCUAUUUGAUAGACAUAAUUUACCAUUUUAAAAUAUGGAAGUGAGAUAUAUUUCAAUAAUUCAGAAAAAAUACAACGAGUUCCUUUACAAUUUUGCAAACAUUUCCCAAAUUACAAUUAUUUUAUACAUGGUGAACUGGGCCGCACAAGGUUAUGUUAUAAGCAAUUAGAAGGUGCGUGUUGUACGUUAGUGGUUUAAAGUAACUGAAAGAGAUGAAAUAAGUAUAAAACAAAUAUAUUGCUUAACGUUAAAUGUUUAAGAUGAAAUUCUUGGGCUAAAUCUGGUAAAGAAUUGUUAAAAUAUUUUUGAAAUGUUUUAGUUAUGUAUGGUUGUUUCAAGGAGUAGGAAUUAUUGUUUUGAAAAUUUUAAAGGAGGACUUACUGAUGCUUUUAUUCAUAAUUGGAUAAGUCUACUACAUGGCCUAUCUAAAACAAGAACAUAUAAUUUAUUUGCAGAUAAAUGUUAACAAAAAAUUGUGAAUUUAGAUCAGUUACAUAUAUAUUUUAUAGGUGAUUGCAGAAUAUAUCAUAUUGUUGAUUACAAUUUGAUGUGUGUUAAUGUAUUCAGUUAUGUAAAAUAUGGAUAUAUAUCAUGUCUUAUUUCUAAAUAAAGUAGAAGCAUUAUUAUUAUUACUACUACUAUUGUUUUUAUAAAUAACUUUUAAUAUUGGUAACUUAAACAAAUAUAAUAAUUAAGGGAAUUAGAAUGGUGGUAUUUUGUCAACAUAAAAUCUCCGAUAAUAGUUGUAACAGAUAACGAUCACAUUGUCUAUUUAAAUUAUUGUUAUUACAUGUAGUGUGUAAAAAAGUGUGUGUAUCAUUCGAUAACACACACACAUACAUGCACUCGCACGUUCACGCACACGCACGCACAUCAUUUCUAGGACAAACUUUGCAAAACUUGAGCAAAAAUAAUCAAUAUUUUAUAUUUUUUGUUUGCUUUUUUUGUUUUGGUUUGUUAUCAUGUGCAUGUGCAUUAUAUACAUCAUAUACAAGUUAUUUUAUUCUCCCUUAUCAUCAUACAUGUAUUCUUAUCUCAUUAUAGCAUUUACAUUUC